UCUCUCUCUGCUUAUACAGUUUGCUUUCUUGCUUUAAAUUUUCUGAUGUGUUUUUGUUAAAUCCUUGAUCAAGAUAUCCACAUUUCGAUACAUAUGUUUGGAUUCAGUCACUUUACAGUUUUCUUCAAGAAGAUCAAGUUCAUUCAAUCUACUUCUUUGAAUAAUCUCACAAAAAUCGCUAUAUCUUUGUAUUGUCCUUCAGCAUCUUCUAGACAAUCAAAUGGAAAAGUAUGAGAUGGGUGAGAUUAUUGGACACGGCUCCUAUAGUCUUGUUUACAGAGGUCUUGAUCUUAAGACUAAUCAGACUGUAGCUAUAAAGAAGAUGCAGUCUAUGCCCUACGAAAAUGGUGUCCCAACUACAGCAAUCCGGGAAGUCUCUCUGCUGAAAGAGAUGGAGCACGACAACAUAAUCAAGUUGCUGGAUGUAAUAAGCAAUAUUGAUGACGGAUGUUGCAUCAUUUUUGAACAUCUGGACCUUGAUCUAAGGAAAUUCAUGGCCACUUAUCCCCAGGAUUCUAAGGAUCCACGAAUAAUAAAGAAUUUUCUGCAUCAAAUUCUCUCAGGUAUUAAGUACUGUCAUGAGCACAGAAUUCUCCAUCGAGACUUGAAACCUUCCAAUUUACUGGUAGAUCUCAAUUCCUGCAUACUGAAGAUUGCAGAUUUUGGUUUGGCCAAUACAUUUCAUCUUCCUUCUGGCGGAUAUAGUCCGGAGGUAGUCACUCUAUGGUACAGGCCACCCGAAAUGCUCCUUGGCUCCCCACCAUACUCCACCUCUGUUGAUGUGUGGUCUGUAGGCUGUAUAUUUGCUGAGAUGGUUACGCAUUGGCCUCUGUUUCUUAGUAGUACUAGUGACCUCUCCAAGAUUGGCCAACUGCAUAAAAUUUUUAGCAUUAUGGGGACACCAAAUGAAAGAACGUGGCCUGGAGUGACUUCACUACCGUUUUAUCGCACUAACUUUCCCAAGUGGAAUCCUAAGAACCUGGUAGACUUUGUUCCUAAUCUUGAACCAGAUGGAGUUGAUCUUCUUUAUAAAAUGCUCUGCAUGGAUCCAUCUAGAAGAAUUUCAGCUUUUGAUGCACUUAGACAUGCAUACUUCAAGGAUUUAUGAUGAUGAUUGAUGAAGAUGAUGAUGAUGUUCCUUGAUUCCAUGCCCUUCACUUUUACUUUGUUUUGUUGUUUUCGUUGACAUAAUAGCAACUUUAAUCUAGGAUUGAAUUUGAGUUUGGUAGGUGAGCUUUCUUUCAUUCAUUGUAAAUUCUCUCUCCCACUCAAAGCUUUUUGCUGCAACCAAUUUGUGCUUUGAACUGGUUCAACUUGUAAAUUCUCUCCCUACAUCCCAUUUCCUUCA